GUGACGGUUGGGUUAGUAAGGACUAACUUGAUCUCGACAGUCUUCCGGAAGGUGAAUUGGGUGAAUUUUCGGAUUAGGAAUAUGGUUUUUUUAUGAAAUGGCUUUUCUCAAAAGUUCUUUUCAGUUUGUCAGAUGUUUCAGCAGAAUUCCACAGCUGUCUUUGUUGACCAACCAGCUUACACUAAAUAAAAGAAUUCAUGGCGACUCACCGUUACCAACCACAGCAUCGUUUUCUACGACGACUACAAGAUUUGGAUUAGAUGAAUUUUUUGAUGAUGAAGAGAACUGGCCAAAAGGAACAGUAAAAGUUGGACGACCAUGGAGGGUAGAUGAACUAAGAAUAAAAAGUAAUUCUGAUCUUCAUAAACUAUGGUAUGUUUUACUGAAGGAAAGAAAUAUGUUAUUAACGAUGGAAGAACAUUAUACACAGGAAAGUGAAUUAUUUCCCAGUCCAGAGAGAAUAUUUAAGGUGGAGGAAAGUAUGGAGAAUAUACUAGAUGUUGUAAAAGAACGUGACAUCGCUUUUAAUUUAUUAGAAACAGGAAAAACUGGACAACCAGAAAAAGUGACAAUCAGAAAUUUCUUAGGUUUAAAAUAUGAACGUACGGUUGAGGAACACAGCGUACCCAAAUCUAUGAAUCGUUUAUUUAACCUUCUACAUCCGAAGUACGAUAAAUACUUUGUGCGAUUUUUUAAUCUGAACGAAGAAAAGAAACGCAAGGAACAGAGUAAAGAGAACCAACUCAUUAACCAGUAUAGAAAAAGAAUGAUUGAAAAAUUUCCACAUUUAAAAAAUCACGAAGAAUUUAGAAAACGUGAAAAGGUCAAUAUGUAUUGAUUGAGUGGAUUUCAUUGAUCUAGUUCAUGUAGCAUUUCAGAAAUAUAUUUCAUAUGAAUUUA